CAAUGCUGAUCACCAAGUUGUACCGUCGACCAAGCGGAACCUGUAGUUUGUGUCACGUGACCCAGAUUCAGGCUAACAAGAAGCCGAGGGCAACAUCGAAGAUGGCGUCGCCACCGCUCAGCAGCUCAGGGGACAGAUGUUGGACAGAGGAGAAGGAAAGAGCGUUGAUCGCCUUCUUCUCCAAACACAGCUGUUUGUGGAACCACAAGUCUGACGGCUAUAAGAACCGACAUCUGCGAUGGGAAACUCUGGAACAUCUGAAAAACCUCCUGUCUACACAUCCUCCACCUGUGCCUGUCACAGUGGAAGACAUUAAAAACAAGUUCAAGAAUCUUCGCACCACCUUCCAGCGUCAGUACAAGAUGGUGAGGGCAAGCAAGGAGUGUAGGAGCAACAUGUUUGUCCCUCAGUGGAAACACUACCAGCAGCUGAUGUUCCUCCAGGGGUGCUCAGAACAGGACGACGAGGGUGGUGGUGCUGAUGACAUUGAUGACCAGGCACUCUCCCUACAACCACUGACCCUUCCACAGGAGGAGGAAGAGGAAGUGGUGUGUUCACAGUCUGACCAACCAGCAUCAGUAAUACUUGCCUCCAUCCUCCCCAUACCAGCCCUCUCCUUCUCCUCCUCUUCGUCCCACAUGGUCUCCUCUAAAAUGUUGGUGAAAUGUUUCUGGACUGAAGAGAGGGAACGAGCGCUGAUUUCCUUCUACAGCGACCACGACUGCCUGUGGAACAAGAACUCUGAACACCACAAAAACCGUCCUGUGCGGCUCAGGCUGCUGGAGUCUCUGAGUGUCCAGCUGUCUAACAAGUCAGUGACCUUCACAGUGGAUGACAUCAAGAGCAAGUUCAAAAACCUGCGCACAGUUUUCUACCGUGAGAAUAAGGCGGUCACGGCCAGCAGGGCGUCAGGGAAACCCUACGUGUCCAAAUGGAAACAUUACCAGCAGCUGCUCUUCCUCUAUGACUCCUGUGAUGAAGAAGACCCCACCAACUCCACCUUCACCACCAUCAUGGACAACUCACAGAUGCUGAGUCCAGAGGAUGAGGAGGAGAGUUUGGAGGAGGAACACCAAACACCUUUUUCAGUGCUGGACAACUUUUCCUGUCGCACUAAACAAACUCAAAACACGAGUGCUGCAGUCACACCUGCUGCCACCAGCAUCAGUCAGAGUGAGGCUAGGAGCAGGUCUAACAUCAGGUACCAAGUCCCCCUCCCCACCUCUACAGACAGCAUCAGCAGAGGAGGUCCAACAGCUGCUCCUACCCUUCCCUCCUCUUCUUCUGCUUCACUACAGGAAACCAACCUUUGUGUAAAGCCUUCUACAGUCAAAGUCAUUCCAUCUGCUCGGGUGGAGACCGACGGCCGACUGAGUGCAGAAUCUGUCUGCAACUGGAGCGAGGUCAAGGUUCAGCAACUCAUAUCCUUUUACUCUGAACACAGCUGUCUGUGGAACCACAGGUCUGAGAGCUACAGGAAUCGUCUGCUCAAACAGAGUCUGCUGGAGACACUGAGCAGCCUUCUGUCUGAGAACGAGCCCGUCCCAUUUACAGUGCAUGACAUCAAGGCAAAAUUCCGAAGCCUCCGAACUGUCUUCCAACGGGAACACAAGGCAGUGAGCUCCAACAAAACCUGUGGCUCCGAGGACUUCUACCUACCCAAGUGGAAGUACUUCAGUGAGCUGAUGUUCCUCUGUGACUCCUGUGACGAGGACGAUGAGUGUUCUGAGGUGGACAAUUUCAACACCUGUCAGGAGACCAGCUCUCUGCGUCUGGCUGGCCAAGCCCAGCUCUCUUCCUCCUCCUCAUCCUCCUCCUCCUCCCUAACCUACCACACCAACAUCCAGGCUCCACCUUCACCCACUCCUCCAGACUCUGAGCACUCCACCCGGUCUCCAUCUCCAUCUUCCUGCUGUCACGCUGACAGCAAAGCAUCGUCACGAAAACGACCAAGAAGCCAGCAGAGGGCGCUACCAUCCUCCUCCACCACCUUCAACAGCAGUCAGGUUCUGGACUUGAUGUUAUACCAAAGUCAAACAGUCUCACCUCACGUUGGGUUCCUCAAGUACGUGGAGGAGUGUCUGAACGAGAUGCCAACCGACAAAGUGAAGAAACUGAAGAAGAAGAUCAUCGAGACCAUCCACAGCGUCUCAGAGGAGCUCUAGUCUUCCAACUGGAAGUUCACUUUUCUUCAGUCCAAACCUGAUCACCUGUGUUCAGGACUAGGAUUAGGGAAGAAAACAUGGAAGAAAAGCACAUGAGGAGGUGAAUUUGAAAACACCCUCUCUGAAGAUAUCAGUGAAAAUGAAGAAUCUUUAUCUCCUGACAUACUUUAUCUCUAGCAUUUUACUGGCAAAGUUUUUGCCAGAACACAUAUUUUUAAAUGUUUAAAAAAAGGUUAAAAAUGUUAUCUCUUCAGUCAUAUAUAGGUUACUUCUCAAAAAAAGUUUAUUUUUCACUGCCACUGUUUUAAAAAAAAUCUUUUUAUACAACAUUUUUGUUUUAUUUAAUUUUUUUUCCUCUUCUAGGAUAUUUAUAUUAUUUUUGUAAGUAUUAUACUUUGUGCCUUAUCCUAUUCUAUUUACUAGAUUUUUCUGAAAAUGAUCAAAUGAACUAUACAUAUUUAUUAAACAUUGUUAAAUUAAAAGCACAUCCAAUAUC